AUGAGGACAGAGAGCGGUCCGUUGGAUGUGGCAUUGUGGGGGCCCCUGGUGACCUUCACAGGAACUGACUCAGAGGGUGGGAAAAAGACCUUGGACUUGGUUCACUGUUACCACCAAGCCCCUCGUCCCUUCCCCACCAUCCCCUAUGACAACCCCCGGAGCUCACUGUCUGUCUCAGGACAGCCCAGUUCUCCUGGGCUCCUGGUCACCAGCCCCAGAACCAAGAGGACACCAGGGCCCCUCCAUCGAUGUUCCCUUGUCCAGGAUGAAAUCCUUUGCCAUCCUGUAGAGCAUGUCCCCAUCCCCAAGGGGAGGCACCGGGGAGUGACCGUUGUCCGGAGCCACCACGGUGUUUUGAUAUGCAUUCAAGUGCUGGUCCGGCGGCCUCACAGCCUCAACUCAGAACUCACAGGCACCUGUAGCCUCCUUGGCCCUGACCUCCGUCCCCAGGCUCAGGCCAACUUCUUCGACCUUGAAAAUCUCCUGGAUCCAGAUGCACGUGUGGACACUGGAGACUGCUACAGCAACAAAGAAGGCGGUGGAGAAGAUGAUGUGAACACAGCCAGGUGGCGCAGGGCUCUGGAGAAGGAGGAGGAGGAAGACAAGGAGGAGGAGGAAGACGAAGAGGAGGAGGAAGCUGGCACCGAGAUUGCCAUCAUCCUGGACGGCUCAGGAAGCAUUGAUCCCCCAGACUUUCAGAGAGCCAAAGACUUCAUCUCCAACAUGAUGAGGAACUUCUAUGAAAAGUGUUUUGAGUGCAACUUUGCCUUGGUGCAGUAUGGAGGAGUGAUCCAGACUGAGUUUGACCUUCGGGACAGCCAGGAUGUGAUGGCCUCCCUCGCCAGAGUCCAGAACAUCACUCAAGUGGGGAGUGUCACCAAGACUGCCUCAGCCAUGCAACACGUCUUAGACAGCAUCUUCACCUCAAGCCACGGCUCCAGAAGAAAGGCAUCCAAGGUCAUGGUGGUGCUCACCGAUGGUGGCAUAUUCGAGGACCCCCUCAACCUUACGACAGUCAUCAACUCCCCCAAAAUGCAGGGUGUUGAGCGCUUUGCCAUUGGGGUGGGAGAAGAAUUUAAGAGUGCUAGGACUGAGAGGGAACUGAACCUGAUCGCCUCAGACCCGGAUGAGACCCAUGCUUUCAAGGUGACCAACUACAUGGCGCUGGAUGGGCUGCUGAGCAAACUGCGGUACAACAUCAUCAGCAUGGAAGGCACGGUUGGAGACGCCCUUCACUACCAGCUGGCACAGAUUGGCUUCAGUGCUCAGAUCCUGGAUGAGCGGCAGGUGCUGCUCGGCGCCGUCGGGGCCUUUGACUGGUCCGGAGGGGCGUUGCUCUACGACACACGCAGCCGCCGGGGCCGCUUCCUGAACCAGACAGCGGCGGCGGCGGCAGACGCGGAGGCUGCGCAGUACAGCUACCUGGGUUACGCUGUGGCCGUGCUGCACAAGACCUGCAGCCUCUCCUACGUCGCGGGGGCUCCACGGUACAAACAUCAUGGGGCCGUGUUUGAGCUCCAGAAGGAGGGCAGAGAGGCCAGCUUCCUGCCAGUGCUGGAGGGAGAGCAGAUGGGGUCCUAUUUUGGCUCUGAGCUGUGCCCUGUGGACAUUGACAUGGAUGGAAGCACGGACUUCUUGCUGGUGGCUGCUCCAUUUUACCACGUUCAUGGAGAAGAAGGCAGAGUCUACGUGUACCGUCUCAGCGAGCAGGAUGGUUCUUUCUCCUUGGUACGCAUACUGAGUGGGCACCCCGGGUUCACCAAUGCCCGCUUUGGCUUUGCCAUGGCAGCUAUGGGGGAUCUCAGUCAGGAUAAGCUCACAGAUGUGGCCAUCGGGGCCCCCCUGGAAGGUUUCGGGGCAGAUGAUGGUGCCAGCUUCGGCAGUGUGUAUAUCUACAACGGACACUGGGACGGCCUCUCCGCCAGCCCCUCGCAGCGGAUCAGAGCCUCCACGGUGGCCCCAGGACUCCAGUACUUCGGCAUGUCCAUGGCUGGUGGCUUUGAUAUUAGUGGCGACGGCCUUGCCGACAUCACCGUGGGCACUCUGGGCCAGGCGGUUGUGUUCCGCUCCCGGCCUGUGGUUCGCCUGAAGGUCUCCAUGGCCUUCACCCCCAGCGCACUGCCCAUCGGCUUCAACGGCGUCGUGAAUGUCCGUUUAUGUUUUGAAAUCAGCUCUGUAACCACAGCCUCUGAGUCAGGCCUCCGCGGGGCACUUCUCAACUUCACGCUGGAUGUGGAUGUAGGGAAGCAGAGGAGACGGCUGCAGUGUUCAGAUGUAAGAAGCUGUCUGGGCUGCCUGAGGGAGUGGAGCAGCGGAUCCCAGCUUUGUGAGGACCUCCUGCUCAUGCCCACAGAGGCAGAGCUCUGUGAGGAGGACUGCUUCUCCAAUGCCAGUGUCAAAGUCAGCUACCAGCUCCAGACCCCUGAGGGACAGACGGACCAUCCUCAGCCCAUCCUGGACCGCUACACUGAGCCCUUUGCCAUCUUCCAGCUGCCCUAUGAGAAGGCCUGCAAGAAUAAGCUGUUUUGUGUCGCAGAAUUACAGUUGGCCACCACCGUCUCUCAGCAGGAGUUGGUGGUAGGUCUCACAAAGGAGCUGACCCUGAACAUUAACCUAACUAACUCCGGGGAAGAUUCCUACAUGACAAGCAUGGCCUUGAAUUACCCCAGAAACCUGCAGUUGAAGAGGAUGCAAAAGCCUCCCUCUCCAAACAUUCAGUGUGAUGACCCUCAGCCGGUUGCUUCUGUCCUGAUCAUGAACUGCAGGAUUGGUCACCCCGUCCUCAAGAGGUCAUCUGUGAGUCGGUUUGGACUGAUUCGCUCUUCUCACCACCCUGCAGUUGGCGUCUUCUGCAUCUUAGUCUCAUUUGAAUCUCUCGGUUCCAGCUUUGCGCUUCGCUUGACUGCAGUGUGUCCUCAGCAGUGCUUACAGUGGCUAAGCUGGCUCUGAAAGU